AAAAAUAAUGAUUUUAUUAUGUGACUGGGGAAGAAAGGGUGUCUAGGUUCUCUUAACAUAGAACUUUGGUCUUUGUGGGGGUCCCUUACUUUUUUAAGCUCCUUUCAUUUCUUUUUUUCUUUUUGGGGUUGUGUUUUUCUUGGUUGUUGCUAGUAUUUUCUUUAAUUAACUUUAAGACAAGUCCUCUCUCUUACUGUGUCCUUGUCCUUCAAGUCGGUUUUUCUAAACAUUUCUUUCAAUCUAAAGUGCCGAGAGAGAGAUUUUAUUUUUUCAGUCUUAAAACCAUCUGCUAAGGGGUUUCUCUAAACAAGACCUUUUUUUUAGAGUGUUCAUUUUUUUGAUCUUGCUGAAAAAGAAAAAGAAAAAGUAAAAAAAAAAAAGGUGGGGUAUUUGAUAUUUUCUUGAUUGGAUUUGGGGAAAAGUGCAGAUUUGGUAAAAUGGGUAGUGGUUAUUUUCACUUGGGAAGUUGAAAGCUAUAUAUAUAAUAUUGGUGUUGAUUGAGAUUGGUAGUGCUUUUUUUUCUGCCAAAGGGGCUGAACAGAAAGGAAAUUCUUGAGUUUAGAGCAGGUGGGGGUGUUUUAGAUCUUGAAAUCUAGGAAAAUGAUGUUACUUGCUUACAUAGAAGAAGCUGUGUAGUUUUAGAUCUUGGAUUGUGGCAUAUGGGAUUUUAUUGUGUUUGCAAAGGAAUUGGCUUCAGGAAAUGAGUACUAAAGCUUUAAGUUGUAGUUAAAGGAGUUGCCUUUACUAUAUUUGGUUGAGUACUAAAUUUUAUAUAUUGGGGGUGUGGGAAGUUUGACAUUUUCCUUGUAUGGAUUGAACUGGUAGUCACCUGAGGGGGCAAUGUUAAGAGCAGUAGCUCUUGGCUUGUUGAUUUCUCUUUUUGUGGUCUUGGUUUCUGGCACAGAUAAUGAGUUAGCGAGUUGUAAUUGUGAUGAUGAGGGUCUUUGGAGUGUACAUAGCAUUUUAGAGUGCCAGAAGGUGAGUGAUUUCUUCAUUGCUGUGGCUUAUUUUUCGAUACCUAUUGAACUGCUUUACUUCAUUAGUUGUUCGAACGUCCCCUUCAAAUGGGUCCUUGUUCAGUUCAUAGCCUUUAUAGUGCUUUGUGGAUUGACUCAUCUUCUCAAUGGAUGGACUUAUUAUGGUCCCCACUCAUUCCAAUUGAUGCUGUCUCUCACCAUUGCCAAAUUGCUCACCGCCCUUGUCUCAUGUGCCACUGCUAUAACACUAUUAACUCUGAUACCUCUCUUGCUCAAAAUAAAAGUGAGGGAGAUUUUCUUGAGGCAAAAUGUAUUGGAGUUAGAUCAAGAGGUGGACAUGAUGAAAAGGAAGAAGGAAGCCAGUUCUCAUGUUCGUAUGUUAACACAGGAAAUCAGGAAAUCCUUGGAUAAGCAUACCAUAUUGUACACCACUUUGGUUGAGCUUUCUAAGACCCUGGAUUUGAUCAACUGUGCCGUGUGGAUGCCAAAUGAGAAUGGAACGCAUAUGAACUUGACUCAUGAGUUGAAAGCAAGUUCUUCAAGGAGUAGUUUUCACCAGUCUAUUCCGAUGAGUGAUCCUGAUGUGAAGGAGAUAAAGGGGAGUGAAGGAGUGAGAAUCCUGAGACCAGACUCUGCACUUGGGCUAGCAAGUGGUACUGGAUCAGAAGAGGCAGGUGCUGUUGCAGCAAUCAGGAUGCCAAUGCUUCAAGGUUAUAAUUUUAAAGGGGGAACACCAGAAUUGGUGGAGACUUGCUAUGCCAUUCUGGUAUUGGUUCUUCCAAGCGCGAACUCAAGGAAUUGGAGCUAUCCAGAAAUGGAGAUUGUUGAAGUGGUUGCUGAUCAGGUAGCUGUAGCUCUAUCCCAUGCUGCAGUUCUUGAAGAAUCUCAACGAAUGAGAGAAAAAUUGAGUCAGCAAAAUCAUGUAUUGCAGCAGGAAAGAAAGAAUGCAAUGAUGGCCAGCCAAGCAAGGAACUCUUUUCAGAAAGUAAUGAGUAAUGGUAUGAAGAGACCAAUGCACUCAAUUUUAGGCUUACUUUCAGUGUUUCAAGAUGAGAACAUGAACUUCAAGCAGAAGACUAUUGUUGACACAUUGGUUAAAACAAGCAGCGUCCUUUCAACUUUGAUAAAUGACGUGAUGGAGAUUUCAGCGAAAGAUAAUGGAAGGUUCCUGCUAGAUAUGAGGCCUUUUAGCUUACAUUCCAUGAUUAAAGAAGCUUGUUGCCUUGCCAAAUGUUUAUCUGUCUAUAAAGGCUUUGAUUUUGAAGUUGGUGUUCAGAGCUCUUUGCCUGACCAAGUGAUUGGUGAUGAGAGGAGGACUUUUCAAGUGAUUUUGCAUAUGGUUGGCUAUCUACUGGACAUCAAUAGUGGAGGAGAAACGGUCUUAUUCCGGGUUCUACAGGAUGUUGGUAGCCAGGAUAAGGACAAAAUAAAUGUAUGGAGAUCAAGCACACAAGAUAAUUACCUGCACUUAAAGAUUGAAAUUGAUAUUCGUGGGGGGAGUUCUGUGGCUGAUGCAUCAGUCUCAACCAAAAAUUUCUCUGGUGAGAAGCGGAAUAAGGAUGAAAUCAAGGAGAGCUUGAACUUUACGAUGUGUAAAAAGCUUGUGCAGAUGAUGCAAGGUAAUGUCUGGAUAUCAACAAACUCUGUGGGCUUUGCACAGAGUAUGACACUUCUUCUCAGGUUUCAAAUCCAGUCAUAUGUCCAAAGAACCAUGUUCGCAGCUGGAAACUCUGAGCGAUCAAAUUCCUACUCCAGGUUCAGAGGUCUACGAGUUCUACUAGCUGAUGACGAUGAUAUAAACAGGACUGUGACCAAGAAGCUGCUAGAAAAGCUGGGUUGUGAAGUGACAGCUGUUUCUUCUGGCUUUGAAUGCCUUAGUGCAGUAAGUCAUGCUGAAAAUUCUUUCAGGAUUGUUGUUUUGGAUCUUCAUAUGCCUGAAAUGGACGGAUUCGAAGUGGCAAUGCGGAUCCGUAAGUUUCGCAGCCGUAAUUGGCCAUUGAUUAUAGCCUUGACAGCUAGUGCUGAGGAUCAUGUGCGGGAGAGAUGCCUACAAAUAGGAAUGAAUGCAAUCCUUCAGAAACCUGUUUUAUUGCAAGGAAUGGCAGACGAGCUUCAAAGAGUUUUGCAACGGACAGGGGAAGGGAUUUGAGGAGCCGCUCAUACUUUAGGCCAAUGGAGACUGUAUACUUAUUCAACCCCGGGUAGGCAGGACAGGCCUUUUGAUACUUGGCCUGCCGGUAUGAGGUAGUCGGUCAAGUUUUCUGCCAUCAGUUACCUAUUUGAUUUCCUUACAUGUUCGCAAACAGCUUGCUGUCCACCUGGUUAGAGCAGAGAGAUCUUCAACAUAGCAUUUGCAUUCUGCCAUUCCAUGGUAUACCAACAUGUAGGCAUUAAAUUUUGCUAACCAUUUUGCUCAUUGAACUUCAUUACCAGAAUUUCAUGGAAUGACUGGGGGUAAAAUUACUUGUACACUUAUUUAAUACCAAAAUCAAAGUUAGUGUGAGAUUUAUGAAACUGAAAA